AUGGCGCCAAUGACACGGCUCAGGGCGGAUGAUGAGCACGUCCCAACCGAUAUAAUGAUUGACUAUUAUUCGCAGCGGGCUUCGGUCCCUGGAACUCUCAUCAUCACUGAGUCGAACUUUAUCUCUGCUCGAUCUCAGGGCCGGCAUGACAACGCUCCUGGAAUAUACACCCGUCAACACAUUGAGCACUGGGCUCGCAUCUGCGAUGCCGUGCACCGCAAGGGCUCAUACAUCUUCGCACAGCUCUGGCACGUGGGACGAGCAGGUCGACCCGAAGUGUUGGCAAAGGCCGGAUUGGAAAUGGUCAGCAGCAGCGACUUGCCAAUCAGCGAGCAACACGGCAUCCCUCGGCCCAUGACCGAAGAAGAGAUUGUGACAUGCAUCCGCGAUUUUGGCCAGGCGGCUCGAAACGCCGUGGCUGCCGGGUUUGACGGGGUCGAGAUCCAUGGUGCCAACGGCUAUCUCAUCGACCAAUUCACCCAGGACGUGUGCAACCGGCGAACAGAUCGUUGGGGUGGCAGCAUCGAGAACCGUUCGAGAUUUUGCCUCGAGGUUGCUAAAGCCGUAUGCGAAGCCAUCGGGGCCGAAAGAACAGGCCUUCGACUGUCGCCCUUCAGCGAUUUUCAGGGCAUGCGCAUGAAAGACCCAAAGCCACAAUUUACCCAUCUCAUUUCUCACCUGGCCGAGCUUGGCCUCGCAUAUCUCCACUUGAUCGAGCCCCGAGUUUCUGGGAAUGUAGAUAGGGACCCGCGACCUCAUCAGACCGAGAGCCUAGAAUUUGCACGCCUCGCCUGGCGCCGUGUCAAUCCAUUGAUCCUUGCAGGAGGUUUUACGCCCACGACAGCCCGAAAGGCUGUCGACGGCGAAUACAAAGACGAGGACGUGGCCAUUGCAUUCGGAAGACAUUUCAUCUCCAACCCCGACCUCCCGUUCCGAAUCCGCCACGGUCUGGCCCUGGCGCCGUACAAUCGCGACACAUUUUACAAAGUCAAGUCUCCAGAUGGAUACAUCGACUAUCCAUUCUGUGAGAGUUACACGAAGUCCAUUGGGAAAUGCUGA